AUGGAUUUGAGUCCUCCAAAAAGUGGUAUCAAAAAACUAAGGAAGAAGACCCUCAAAAAACUCUCGGUUGGCCAAGUUCCUCAGAUCGUGAUCUCCCGAGCAAUUUCUAAAUAAGUUCAUUAAUGGCAAUCAAGAAGGAAAAUCCAAAUCAGGCUCAGGCUCGAGAGGUCCUACAAGCAGGAAAAAGAGCUUUAUUUACCUUAAGAAGAGAGGCAAGUCGAAUGAGAAGAAGCAGGAUAAGAACAUCUUGCUGCCACCUCUCUUAAUGCAGCAUAUUGGCUCACAAGUCUGUUUUCCAAAAAUAUCUAAUGGUAAAAAUAGCCGGAAGGUUAAGAAGUCCCCCAGAGGUAGUAUUUCUCAUAGUAAAAGUGGUAAGAGGAAGAAAACCUUGACUAAAAUAACACUGAGAAGCAACAACUCCUUCAAAGGUCUAGGGUCAGGCACUUCAACUCCGAGUCGAAUUGUUAAUUUCCUCACAAAGACUAACUCUUCUUCAAAGAAAAUCGAUGCUAAUAAGAAGGGUAAACCAAUCAGUGAGGUCAAAACCCAAGUGGCUUAUAAGAGGAAUUCUAGAUCUAACAAACUAGAAACAAAUCCUCUCUAUGCAGGUUUACCAAAGAGUUUAAAAUCUCAGUUUCAAAGUAGGCCACACAAAAUGCCUAGCUCAAAAGAUGUAAAACCUAAGAUGAAGGUCUCAUCGAAUUCUAUAUUCCCGCCUACAGUUGUAACAAAAUAAGGUAAAGAGUAAACAGAAUACUCCAAGAAAGAUUCCACGACUCCAAAAAGAGCACAACUAUAAGGCAUCUUUCGAGUCUCCUUUUAACAAAUAAGCACGACACAAGUCAGGUGUCUCAAACCGGAUUUGCUAGUAUGGUAGAGGCCAAGCUGAACCUGACGAACAUGAUUCAGAACUCGGCCACGAUCGAGGACUUGUUGAACAUGCCUAGUGAGGGAAGUUACCUCCAGUGAAAUGCUUCCAAGAAUUCUCCAAUCAGAAAGAAAUCUCCAAAAGAAGUGAAAAUUCUCCAAGUUUCGGAAGAGAUUGAUCUGUACCAGGAAACUAAUCUGGGGAAAAGAAAGUCCUCAAAUGGUAAGAACCUCACGGUCAAGAAGGUCUUCAAAUAAGAAGGAUGCAGUCCGGUAUAUACUUAAUCGAAAGGACAAUUCUCAGCAUAAGUUAGGUAUUAGAGACAUGAGCAAAACUCCUACAUUGGACGCUAAGAGAUAUAAUAACCAGUUUGGGUCCUCCCAGUUUAGCUUUAAUCCGAUCAGAGUGGCCAAUCAGUACAGAAUCCCUUCUGAAAAGAGCCAAAUUGAGCAUACUAAAAUAGAAAAUUCUCAGCCAAAGGAGGAGGCUAAAAUACCACAAUACGUUAUAAACUAUGAUAAAAUUAGAUAUGAAGAUUCCAUCCACGACCCUCAGAUUUCUAACAUUGAGUAUGAGUCAAGCUACUUUAUGAAUAAAUCUUUAAGAGAAAGCCUGGACCAGACCCAGCAGAUAAACCUGAGUGAUAUAGCUAAUUCAGUUUCUUCUCGAUCUCGAAGAGUUUCUCCUGAAAAUCUUCCAGAAUCUCAAAGCAAGUUUCCAAAAUUUUCAUCGCCAAAGAAGCCAAAUGAGCGUUAUAAAUUAAUUGAUCCGACAGAUGACUCUUUAGUAGUCUUGCAGGAGUCUAGAUCGACUACCAAACAAAAUGACCAAUUAUCCACCUCCUAAAAUUUUCAAAAA